GUGUGCUCAGGGUCGCGAAUCUCGUCGUUUUCCAGAUGAUCUCAGUGUUGGACCCCCCUCCCUACCAGGGUGACACAGACUAACGGAGGAAAUUAUGGGCUUUCUUUAACACAACGGGAGUCAUGACAUGGAGAAUACGUUGCUGAAUGCUGGAGGUUUCUCGCGUGUUCACUGUUCUCUGCGUAACGGCAAGGAAAUGUACCGCAAGCCGAAAAUAUUUAAAUGUUAAUUUAAUGACUGGCGAAAAGGAUUUGACGGGCCAGGUCCGCUUUCGCCUCCGCUAGACUCCCCGGCAGGGCAGGAUGUCUGGGGACGAGGAGGGUUACCCCGAGGCGCAGCUGGUGACAGAAGCCGGACCCAACUGGCUCCGGGCCGAGAUUGAGCGCCUGUCCCGUGAGCUGGGCGAGACGAGCCGGGAGAAGAUCCAGGCGGCGGAGUACGGGCUGGUGGUUCUGGAGGAGAAGCAGCAGUUAAAGCAACGAUACGACGAACUAGAAAGCGAGUAUGAAGCCGUUCGGCAAGAACUGGACCAGCUCAGGGAGGCAUAUGGCCAGGCCCACUCUGCCCACAGGAAGGUGGCGGAGGAUGGGGAGAGUCGGGAGGAGUCCCUGAUCCUGGAGUCAGCAUCCAAGGAGGCAUAUUACGAGCAGAGGGUGCAGGAGCUGCAGGCAGAGGUGCGGCAGACCAAGGCCGCACUUACCAGCAGUCAGAGCGAGAACGAACGGCUGACCAGCCUCUCGCUGGAGAUGAAAGAGAAUAACGAGCUGGGGGAAUUGCAGCGCUCUCGUCUCCGUGAUGACAUUAGAGAGUAUAAGAUCAGAGAGUCCCGGCUGCUGCAGGACUGCACUGAGCUGGAGGAGGAGAACAUCAGCCUGCAAAAGCAAGUCUCAGUGCUGAAACAGGGCCAGGUGGAGUUUGAGGGUCUGAAACAUGAGAACCGGAGGCUGGAGGAAGAGGCACAGUACCUCAACAGCCAGCUAGACGAUGCCAUCCGGCUGCGUGAGAUCGCAGAGCGCCAGCUGACCGAGGCUCUGGAGACAGUCAAGACUGAGCGUGAGCAGAAGACGGCCCUUCGCAAAGAGCUAACGCAUCACAUGACUCUGGGUGACUCUCUCCUCGCUGGCUCAUUGGAUGGACUCAAACUGGGCAUAGACGAGCCCAACAAUGAUGACAUCAUGCGCGCCUUUGAAAACGGCUUCGUCAAAGUGGCUGACGGUGAUGAGGACAACAGGUCGUCUACGCCCAAGAAGGGCGAGAAGUUCCGGCCGGCACCAAGCCUGGUGGAUGACCUGCUGAGUGAGCUGAAUAUUUCGGAGAUCCAGAAACUUAAACAGCAGCUCCUACAGGUGGAGCGGGAGAAGGUGGCUCUCCUCGCCACUCUCCAGGACUCCCAGAAGCAGCUGGAGCAGGCGCGUGGGGCGCUGGCCCAGCAGCAGGAGGCCGUGGUGCGCCUGAGCGAUGACCUGGGGGUCAUGCGACGCCUGCAGGCCGCCAAGGAGCGACACUCUGCACUGGACAGUGAGAGGGAGCGGGACAGCCACGAGGAGGGAGACACCGACUACUAUGAGCUGGACAUCCAUGGGCCCGAGAUCCUGCGCUGCAAGUACGAGGUGGCCAUCACUGAGGCCAGCGAGCUAAGGGAGGAGCUAAAGCUUCUGAAGGCGGAGCAUGACGAGGUGAAGGUGGAGCACGCGGAGGUACGCGUGCGGUUGGAGAGCCAGGUGCGUGAGCUGAGUGGCCAGGUGUCCGAACUAGAGGGCUUGGGCCGGGCAGAGCAGGAGCAGGUGGCACGGCUGCAGCAGGAGCUGCAGGAGGCCAGCGCGCUCGCUGGCCAGUCUCAGGGUGCGCUGGGCGUGGCCCAGGACGAGCUGGUGGCCUUCAGUGAGGAGCUGGCCAACCUCUACCACCAUGUCUGUAUGUGCAACAAUGAGACGCCCAGCCGUGUCAUGCUCGACUUCUACAAAGAGGGCAAAGGCAAGGCAGGGCAUACUCCCGGUGGUCCUGAUGUGGCGCCGGCCACAGAGACGGCCGGCGGCGGCGUCUCCGCAACAUGCCCUGCCCGUGAGGACUCCAGGAAGGAGUCCAUGGAUGUGUACAACCUGGUUACGAUCAUCCGGGACCAGAUCCAACACCUGCAGCAGGCGGUGGACCGCACCACGGAGCUGUCACGGCAACGCGUGGCGUCACUGGAACUGGCGGCUUUGGCCGAUAAGGACCAGACAGCCUGCAUGGAGGAGAUCCUGAAGCUCAAGUCCCUGCUGAGCACCAAGCGGGAACAGAUCGCUACUCUCAGGGCUGUGCUCAAAGCCAACAAACAGACUGCUGAGGUGGCUCUGGCCAACCUGAAAAGCAAGUACGACAAUGAGAAGGCCAUCGUCACGGAGACGAUGAUGAAGCUGAGGAACGAGCUAAAGGCUCUUAAAGAGGACGCGGCCACCUUCUCCUCCCUCAGAGCCAUGUUUGCCACCAGGUGCGAUGAGUAUGUGACUCAGUUAGACGACAUGCAGAGACAGCUUGCGGCAGCCGAGGAUGAGAAGAAGACGCUGAACUCCCUGCUGCGCAUGGCCAUCCAGCAGAAGCUUGCUCUCACCCAACGCCUAGAGGACCUGGAGUUCGACCACGAGCAGGCCCGCAGGGGUGGGGCCAGCGUGGGGGCCUCCGCCCGCCCAAAAGGCCCCUUUGCACGCGGCAAGGGGCCCUCCUUUUCCUCCAGCCCUCACUAAUUUUAGUUUCCAUGAAGAUUGCCCUCAAAGUGGUUAGUCCAUGACUGCAACUCCUCAUGCCAUUGACAGCCCUGCUCCAGAAGGCUUCAACACACACACAGUUCUGGUCCUUCCCUACAUUAGUUACGGAACUGGUAUUUAUAUUUAUUGGCAGCCAAAAAAGCGAAACGACACUGCAGUCCUCAACACGUUCUGUUUAGUUUAAUUGCACUUUUCACCCAUUACUCAGCAUUAUGUAAAGGAUGCAUAUUUCAGUAUUUACCACUUCUUAAAUUCUAAGUAUUUAAUAUAAAUGAUAAUAUAAGUAUGCUUUUAAUAGUAUUAUGGUUUCUUGCUUGUCAUGUUCUGAGGAAAACCCAGGGAAAAAGUACUUACAAAUUCUGUAAAUUUAUGUAUUUGUUUUAAUAGCCAGACUGAACAAUUCAUUGUCAUCCUUUUUAACUAGUUAGUUUGUAGACCCAAUACAAAACAAUUACUCCAUAAAGCUUUGGAGUGUAUCAGAGUGGAUUACAGAAUUGCUGGCUUCAGUACAAGUAAAAAGAAAUCAUUUCCAGAUUAGAAGAAUGUUGGUGCUCCUCUCCUUGGGAAGUAUAUGGAAUAGGUCAGAACUUUUUGUAACAGAAACGUUCAUACCAGAGGAAGUGUUUUUUUGUUUUUGUUUUUCCCCCCCAUUAAAGACCAUUUGUGCCUUUUUUGAAGCUAUUUACAUAUUUUAUAAGGAAUUAGACAGCAAAAGGCUCUUGUUUUCUGUAAAUUUGUCUUGUAACCAUGGUACAUAACUCAGUGCUUUCUAACGUGCUAUCAAAUACUGUCAGUCUAUGUAAACGUAAUUUACACAUGUCAAAUGGAAUGUUUUCAUUACUUACCUUCUUCAUUAUGAAGAAAAUGUUACGCUCUCAGAGAAAAGAAAAAGGGCUGUUCACUCACUACAGGACGGUUUAACCAUUUCAAAAUACCGUUUGUCACAACAGUGAAAAGUUGCAUCCCCCAUCCCACCGUAGCCCACGAGUUUGUUUUUCAGACAGCGCUUACUGACCAUCCAGGAUAGGAACGACGAUUUUGCAGUAUUUUUUACACAUGAAAUGACCACGUAUUCAUUCAUGACACUUACGUGUACGUCUGUGUGCAUUAAGAUGAGUGAUGUGUAUUUUUAUUGCUAGCUAUAAAGUUGAAGUUUGUGUUGCUAAUGGGAAACAAAACUUUUAUUUUUUCUUCUUUUGUGAUACAUUUCAAGGGCAAGUUACCAGGCUAGCUAACACUAGCUUGUAUGAGCCAUAAUUCAUUUUGUCGAGGUUCUCAUCUUGCACAAUAAACCGUACUAAAUAUU